GGGGGGGGGGCGGAAGGAGGCGGGGGAGGGUGGGUCGGCAAAACCUUACAGGCGUUUCGCCACUGCCGCUCAAGGUGCAAAGAAGAAGCCGCCGGUUGCAACGAUUGUGCAACGAAUAGUUUAUGAUCACUCACGGAGAGCCAGACUUCUCUUUCACUCGACUCUCGAGAACCCAAAAAAUGGCCGUUUUGUCGACCAAGACCCUUGGGGUCCUUUUCCUGGCGAUGCUGCUGCUGGCGUCUGUGGCUGAAGCCCGCCGCUGGCGCAACUUCAAGUGCCCGAAGCCCAAGGGCAAGUUCAAGAAGUUCUUUUGCCGCGCGCUGACGAUUGUCAAGAACAAGUGGAAGAAGUACAUCGAGUACAAGCGUAUCGAGCUCAGCUCGAACUCGCAGAAGAACUCGGACAAGCCUUGCGGAACGUGGGGAUGGACGUGUAUGUGUGGCGACGUGGACGAGUGCAAGGAAGGCCUUGCCGACUGCCCCGACGACACCACGUGCGUCAACACCCGUGAUGGGUACGAGUGCAAGGACAACGUGCCGACCGACUCGCCACAGUGCAUUGUCUCGCCCGACAAGGCCGAGGACCACAACUCGGGAUCGGGCUCGGGCUCGGGCUCGCGCACCGCUCGUCGUCCAAGAACUCGCACCGGCCGUCGCCGCCGCCGCCUCAGCACGUGGUCGAGUGCCACGUCCGCGCCGAUUGCGUGGAUGGCACCUGCGUGUGCAAGGACGGGUUUGAGGGCGACGGCACGGCCAACGGCUCGGGAUGCAGUGACAUCGACGAGUGCGCCGACUCGCCGUGCACUGAUCCGAACUGCCAUUGCGUCAACUACGAGGGCUACUUUGAGUGCCCGUGUAACGCUGGGUUCGACUUUAACCCGGACGGCAUUUGCGAGCCGAACACUCCGCCGGAGCCGGUCUGUGGCAACGGUGUGCUCGAGGGCGACGAGGAGUGCGACGACUUUGGUCUCUGCUGCUCGUCGACGUGCAAGUACCUCGGCGCCGACAUCGAGUGCCGCGGUGCUGCCUCGGUCUGCGACGCCCCCGAGAUGUGCACUGGCGUCUCGUCGGCCUGCCCGGCUGACUCGUUUGCGCCGGCCGGUACCUCGUGCGACAACCCGACGACUGCCUGCACCGUCGACACCUGCGACGGCACUGGUGUCUGCACGGAUGGCUGCACAUGCGGCAAUGGCAUUGUCGAGCCUGGCGAGGAGUGCGACGGUGGUGAGUGCUGCGCUGCCGACUGCACCUUUGCCGCCGCCGGCACCACCUGUGGCGCUGCGCCCUCGGGCCCUUGCGAUGUCGCUGACACCUGCUCCGGUACCUCGGCGACCUGCACGGACGCUGUGGCCGAUUCGACGGUUGUCUGCCGCGCUGCCGCCUCAGAGUGCGACGUCGCCGAGACCUGCGAUGGCGUGACUGCCUCGUGCCCGGUCGACGGCUUUGCCGCCGCCGGCACCACCUGUGGCGCCGCGCCCUCGGGCCCGUGCGAUGUCGCUGACACCUGCGCCGGUACCUCGGCGACCUGCGUCGCGAACGUCGCCGACUCGUCGGUUGUCUGCCGCGCCGCCGCCUCAGAGUGCGACGUCGCCGAGACCUGCGACGGCGUGACUGCCUCGUGCCCGGUCGACGGCUUUGCCGCCGCCGGCACGCCGUGCGGUGCCGCGCCCUCGGGCUCGUGCGAUAUGCCCGACACCUGCGCCGGCACUUCGGCGACCUGCGUCGACAACGUGGCUGACACCUCGUUUGUCUGCCGCGCUGCGGCGUCGACCUGCGACGUGGCCGAGACUUGCGACGGUGUGUCUGGCGCGUGCCCGGCCGACGGCUUUGCGCCGGACAACACGGCGUGUGACCUCGACGCCGAUUCGUGCACUGCCGACACCUGCCAGGCUGGUGUGUGUACGGCGGGUGUGUCGACGUGCGACCCGCCGACGCCGCCGCCGCCGCCGGCGGGGCCCUGCGGUAACGGUAUUGUCGACUUUGGCGAGGAGUGUGACCCGGGCAAGACCCUGCCCAACGGUGACCCGCACCCGGACAACGCCUGCUGCAACCCCGACUGCACCUUUGCGCCGAUUGGCACCACGUGCGACGACGGCUUUGCCCACACCUCCGAAGACCAGUGCCAGCAGCUGUUCAUCCUCACGACCUCGACGUUCUCGCUCCCGAGCCAUGAGUUUGCCAAGCCUGUUGUCUGCACCGGCCUCCGCCAGUUUGGCGCCCAGUGUGGUGACGGCGCGGUGAACGUUGGUGAAGAGUGCGAUGAUGGCAACCUGUACGAGUACGACUGCUGCUCAGCGUCGUGCACCCAGCACUACCUUCAGCCGUGCUCGCACAACACUCGCUCUACGUGCGAGAAGACAAUCUGCGCCAAGUACGAGUUCCAGUCCCGGCAGGGCUGCAUUCCCAACGAUCCGAUGCUCUACCCUGACGAGCCGGCUUCCGCUUGGGACGUGGCUACGACUUCGCCGCUCUGCCCCGGUGCGUCGUCUGCGAUCAACAGCGCCAGCUCAGAGGACAACACAUCGUUCUUCUCCUCGUCGGCCGGCAAGGGCACCGCAGCCUCGCUCUCGGUCCUCGUUGUCGUUGUUGCUGUCGUCGCCGUCGUCAUCUUUGCGCGCUCGCGCUCGUCCGGUUCGUCGGACGACGCUGCGCCGCCCGCCCUGCCCGUCGUUCCCGACGCCGUGGCCACCGCCGACCCGGCCGUCGUCAUCGACGCCAACCCGGCGUUCAACCUCGCCGACUCGUCCGUCGCUGCCGUGCCCGCCGCCGAGCCGGCCGCUGUUGCCGCCGCCGUCGAGUCGGGCGCCAUUAUGACCUCGAACCCUCUGUUUGGCGUCGUCCUCUCGUCGGGCUCCUCGGGCUCCUCGGACGACGUGCCUCAGCUCUAGAGCAUCCUCUGCUGUGGGGCCUCUUGUGCCGCACUUGUCGAUGCUCCUGCGCCAUUUUGAUUCCUUUUGUUUUCGGCUCCGUUCCUUUCGUUUUUCAACCUCAACUUCAAUCAAUCAACACCUACACCAACAUCAUCCAACCGGUCCCUUUCCCUCUCCUUCCCUUUCCCAUUUUGCUCCCACCAAGCAAGCAAACACAUUCUCUUCAUCGCGGA